GGCUAAAAACUACAUUUUCCGGCGUUGACUUGAACAGAACGUCACCGGAAGUUUGACUAUUGACUAUAAAUACAUUUCCGCAUCCUUCCUGGGUCCUUUCCUGUCUACGGCCCAUUUGAAGAUGGCGGUGCAAAUCUCCAAGAAGAGGAAGUUCGUUGCAGACGGUAUCUUCAAGGCCGAGCUGAAUGAGUUCCUGACUCGUGAGCUUGCUGAGGACGGCUACUCCGGUGUGGAGGUGCGCGUGACCCCAACCAGGACUGAGAUCAUCAUCCUGGCCACAAGAACCCAGAAUGUUCUGGGAGAGAAGGGCCGUCGGAUCAGAGAGCUGACUGCUGUGGUCCAGAAGAGGUUUGGCUUCCCUGAGGGCAGCGUAGAGUUGUAUGCCGAAAAAGUUGCCACUCGUGGUCUUUGUGCCAUCGCCCAGGCUGAGUCUCUGCGCUACAAGCUGCUGGGAGGCCUGGCUGUGCGAAGGGCUUGCUACGGUGUCCUGAGAUUCAUCAUGGAGAGCGGCGCCAAGGGCUGCGAGGUAGUGGUGUCCGGUAAGCUGAGGGGUCAGAGGGCCAAGUCCAUGAAGUUUGUGGAUGGCCUGAUGAUCCACAGUGGAGACCCCGUCAACUACUAUGUCGACACAGCAGUUCGUCAUGUUCUGCUGAGGCAGGGUGUGCUGGGCAUCAAGGUGAAGAUCAUGCUGCCCUGGGACCCCAGCGGUAAGAUUGGCCCCAAGAAGCCCCUGCCCGACCACGUCAGCAUCGUGGAGCCAAAGGAGGAGAAUCUGCCCACCACACCCACGUCAGAGCAGAAGGGAGCCAAGCCAGAGGGUCCGGUCAUGCCCCAGGGAGUACCUGUUCUUACCGCAUAAGAGGGUCUCAACCUUUCUGCUGGAUGGACUGAAGAUCCUGGUGUUUUUGUGUACAAAACAAUAAAAUGUGGAAAAUA